UGAAACGGAACAUAAGCUGUGAAAAAAUAGUAGAGAGCAGACGUGCGAGCGAGGGAAAUAAGCAAGUUUUUGAAUAUUAAUAGGUACUAUUUCAAAAAGUGCAGACCAAAAGUAAAGAAAUAAAUUCAGUUUUCUGUGCGAAACAAAAAAAUACGCCAAUAUGCAAAUUUUCGUGAAGACCCUCACUGGCAAGACCAUCACUUUGGAGGUUGAGCCAUCCGAUACCAUCGAGAACGUCAAGGCUAAGAUCCAGGACAAGGAGGGAAUCCCCCCAGAUCAGCAGCGUUUGAUCUUCGCCGGAAAGCAGUUGGAGGACGGACGCACCCUGUCCGACUACAAUAUCCAGAAGGAGUCCACCCUUCACUUGGUCCUGCGUCUGCGUGGUGGCAUGCAGAUCUUCGUGAAGACUCUGACCGGCAAGACCAUCACCUUGGAGGUUGAGCCAUCCGAUACCAUCGAGAACGUCAAGGCUAAGAUCCAGGACAAGGAGGGAAUCCCCCCAGAUCAGCAGCGUUUGAUCUUCGCCGGAAAGCAGCUGGAAGACGGACGCACCCUGUCCGACUACAACAUCCAGAAGGAGUCCACCCUUCACUUGGUCCUGCGUCUGCGUGGUGGCAUGCAGAUCUUCGUGAAGACUCUGACCGGCAAGACCAUCACCUUGGAGGUUGAGCCAUCCGAUACCAUCGAGAACGUCAAGGCUAAGAUCCAGGACAAGGAGGGAAUCCCCCCAGAUCAGCAGCGUUUGAUCUUCGCCGGAAAGCAGCUGGAAGACGGACGCACCCUGUCCGACUACAACAUCCAGAAGGAGUCCACCCUUCACUUGGUCCUGCGUCUGCGUGGUGGCAUGCAGAUCUUCGUGAAGACUCUGACCGGCAAGACCAUCACCUUGGAGGUUGAGCCAUCCGAUACCAUCGAGAACGUCAAGGCUAAGAUCCAGGACAAGGAGGGAAUCCCCCCAGAUCAGCAGCGUUUGAUCUUCGCCGGAAAGCAGCUGGAAGACGGACGCACCCUGUCCGACUACAACAUCCAGAAGGAGUCCACCCUCCACUUGGUCCUGCGUCUGCGUGGUGGCAUGCAGAUCUUCGUGAAGACUCUGACCGGCAAGACCAUCACCUUGGAGGUUGAGCCAUCCGAUACCAUCGAGAACGUCAAGGCUAAGAUCCAGGACAAGGAGGGAAUCCCCCCAGAUCAGCAGCGUUUGAUCUUCGCCGGAAAGCAGCUGGAAGACGGACGCACCCUGUCCGACUACAACAUCCAGAAGGAGUCCACCCUUCACUUGGUCCUGCGUCUGCGUGGUGGCAUGCAGAUCUUCGUGAAGACUCUGACCGGCAAGACCAUCACCUUGGAGGUUGAGCCAUCCGAUACCAUCGAGAACGUCAAGGCUAAGAUCCAGGACAAGGAGGGAAUCCCCCCAGAUCAGCAGCGUUUGAUCUUCGCCGGAAAGCAGCUGGAAGACGGACGCACCCUGUCCGACUACAACAUCCAGAAGGAGUCCACCCUCCACUUGGUCCUGCGUCUGCGUGGUGGCGCCAUCUAGAUUUUUUCACGCAUAAUAUAAAACAACGCAAGAAUGCAUACUAAAUUUUAGUAAAUUGGUUUAAUCAAAAGCACAAUAUAAUCAUAAUAUUUAUUGGUACUCAAAGAAUAAAACUUUCAAUUUGUGUGUUCAAUGUAA